GCGGCCGCCAGAGCCGCGCAGGGAAGCGCCCCGGCUCCGCGGCAACAGCGGCCGCUUUCCCCGCGCCUCCCGGCCGCAGCCGGCACCCCGCGCCCCGGGCCGCCCUUCGCGGGCUCCCGCGCCCCGCACGCAAGAUGGCUGACCCGGCUGCGGGGCCGCCGCCGGCCGAGGGCGAGGAGAGCACCGUGCGCUUCGCCCGCAAAGGCGCCCUCCGGCAGAAGAACGUGCACGAGGUGAAGAACCACAAAUUCACCGCCCGCUUCUUCAAGCAGCCCACCUUCUGCAGCCACUGCACCGACUUCAUCUGGGGCUUCGGGAAGCAAGGAUUCCAGUGCCAAGUCUGCUGCUUUGUUGUCCACAAGCGGUGCCAUGAGUUUGUCACUUUCUCCUGCCCGGGCGCCGACAAGGGUCCAGCCUCCGACGACCCGCGGAGCAAACACAAGUUUAAGAUCCACACAUACUCCAGCCCCACGUUUUGUGACCACUGUGGGUCGCUGCUGUACGGACUCAUCCACCAGGGGAUGAAAUGUGACACCUGCAUGAUGAACGUCCACAAGCGCUGCGUGAUGAACGUGCCCAGCCUCUGCGGCACAGACCACACGGAGCGCCGCGGCCGCAUCUACAUCCAGGCACACAUCGAGAGGGACGUCCUCAUCGUUGUUGUGAGAGAUGCUAAAAACCUUGUGCCUAUGGACCCCAAUGGCUUGUCAGAUCCCUAUGUGAAACUGAAACUCAUUCCUGACCCCAAAAGUGAGAGCAAACAGAAGACCAAAACAAUCAAAUGCUCCCUCAACCCCGAGUGGAACGAGACGUUCAGAUUCCAGCUGAAGGAGUCAGACAAAGACAGGAGACUGUCCGUGGAGAUCUGGGACUGGGAUCUGACCAGCCGGAACGACUUCAUGGGAUCUCUGUCGUUUGGGAUUUCUGAGCUGCAGAAGGCUGGUGUUGACGGCUGGUUUAAGCUGCUGAGCCAGGAGGAGGGCGAGUACUUCAACGUGCCCGUGCCGCCAGAAGGAGGCGAGGGCAACGAGGAGCUGCGCCAGAAAUUCGAGAGGGCCAAGGUCGGCCAGGGAACCAAGGCUCAAGAAGAAAAGACCAACACCAUAGCCAAAUUAGACAACAAUGGGAACAGAGACCGGAUGAAGCUGAGUGAUUUUAACUUCCUGAUGGUGCUUGGGAAAGGCAGCUUUGGCAAGGUCAUGCUCUCAGAGCGGAAGGGCACAGACGAGCUCUAUGCCGUGAAGAUCCUGAAGAAGGACGUGGUGAUCCAGGAUGACGAUGUGGAAUGCACCAUGGUGGAGAAGCGCGUGCUGGCCCUGCCCGGGAAGCCGCCGUUCCUGACCCAGCUGCAUUCCUGCUUCCAGACCAUGGACCGCCUGUACUUUGUGAUGGAGUACGUGAACGGCGGCGAUCUCAUGUACCACAUCCAGCAGGUCGGCCGGUUUAAGGAGCCUCACGCCGUAUUUUACGCUGCAGAAAUUGCCAUCGGCCUGUUCUUCUUACAGAGCAAGGGCGUCAUUUACCGUGACCUGAAACUUGACAACGUGAUGCUGGAUUCCGAGGGCCACAUCAAGAUCGCUGAUUUUGGCAUGUGCAAGGAGAACAUCUGGGACGGGGCGACAACCAAGACGUUCUGCGGCACCCCGGACUACAUCGCGCCCGAGAUCAUCGCGUACCAGCCCUACGGGAAGUCGGUGGACUGGUGGGCAUUCGGGGUCCUGCUGUAUGAGAUGCUGGCCGGGCAGGCGCCCUUCGAGGGGGAGGAUGAGGACGAGCUGUUCCAGUCCAUCAUGGAGCACAACGUGGCCUACCCGAAGUCCAUGUCCAAGGAGGCUGUGGCCAUCUGCAAAGGGCUGAUGACCAAACACCCAGGCAAACGUCUGGGCUGUGGGCCCGAAGGCGAGCGCGACAUCAAGGAGCACGCCUUCUUCCGGUAUAUCGACUGGGAGAAACUGGAGCGCAAAGAGAUUCAGCCCCCGUACAAGCCAAAAGCCUGUGGGCGAAACGCUGAAAACUUCGACCGGUUUUUCACCCGCCAUCCACCAGUCCUAACACCUCCCGACCAGGAAGUCAUCAGGAAUAUUGACCAGUCAGAAUUCGAAGGAUUUUCCUUUGUUAACUCUGAAUUUUUAAAACCUGAAGUCAAGAGCUAAGUAGCUGUGUAGAUCUCCGUCCUUCGUUUCUGUCAUUCGAGCUCAACGGCUAUUUUGGUGACAUUUUAUUUUUUUCAUUGCAAAGUUCCAUCCAUGUUUAUUUGCUGAUGAGACUAGAGUGACCAUGUCUCGGACCCCACCUGUCCACAUGGUUCGGAGCGUCUCUGGGCGAUGGGCCAGGCCGCUGUCACGUGGAAAGUGCGCUGCACAGCGAGCACGCUGCCCGAGGCCGCUCACGGCGCAUUCCCGGCGGGGGGGGGGCGCGAUUCAGUGAGGACAGAAAAUGCCUGCUUUCUUUUCCUUUUAUCUGGCCAUUUUCAUACAUUCUCCAGCUCUACCGGCCCGGCCUCGACUCUCCCCACCCGCGAGUGGGUGGUCGGCGGCCAGCAGCCUUCUGCCGCGUCCCCGGAGCUUGGCUGCGGGACCAGUGUAUGGCUGCUUUGACUCGGAGGGAAUUCCUCCUGCUGCCUGGCUGGAGGCACCGUGAGCUUUGAAAAGCACGUGCUAAAAAUAAAACUUUAUCUGUUCUUUUUUAAAUUCAAAGUCAAGAUGAUCUGAACCCUUUUAAAAUUCCCAAACUGUGCUUUUACACAGUUUCUAUCUGAAAGCACCUCAAGGGGUCAAAAGGCAACCAGCUUGGGUGUGUCCUCAGUGCGCUAAUUUCCGGCCCUGCUCCGCAUCCCCAGGCUGCUGGGAGGGGCGUUUGCCACCACUUCCUGGACAGACAUGGUCACUCUAGCAAGGUCCCAAAGGACCAUGAUUUCACAUUACAUUUCAAACUUUAUUUGCUUUGGGGUUUUAUUUCUGUUGUUCAAAUGCAAAAACAAAAUUAAUUGGUUACACCUGCUUUGAAAUAUGUGUCCAAAUGUUACUAACUAACCACAAUGACCAACUGCUUGACCGAGAGGACCGUCCGAAGCCUGGCAGACGGGCCUGAGCGCCCGGGUCCAGGCUGCCCGCUGGCUCUGGGAAGCUAACGAAAUGCUCAGAGAAGGGCACCAUCUCUCAGACAGACAGUUGUAUUCUUCUCUGUGAUGUUGUUUUGCAAGAUGUUUGUGCAAAUGUUCGUUUGUAUCUGGAUAUGUGUUAUGUGCCAUUUUUCUUCUAGCAUCGAGACACAAUAGCAGAAACAGGAGAAGAAAUGCUACAUCCGUGAAAACGGGGACCCCGUCCACAAAGUGGGGCUGCCCGGGGCUUUGGGACAGACGGAACUAAACUCGGCUUACCUGAGCCCCAGUGUCCAGCCAGUCAGAGAGGCCGGGGCUGUGGGCCGUUCGAGGACCCCUGGUGGCCCGGAAUGGGGUGGGGCGAGCUGACCAGGGGCCUCCAAUGGUGUCCGAGCCCCCAACCCACAUUGGGGGCCAGCUAGAAGCGUGGGCAGGCUCUUGACUUUCUCAUCAGAAUCACUACUACUCCCAGCUUGGACUUAAUAUUCUCUGUAGCAAGAAGCUUUAUGAACCCCCAGAAGCGCAAGGAAAGCCCUUGGGUGGGAGAGACCCCGUUUCUGUCUACACAGAGGAGCACAGCAGUGGUCCCAUCCUUGUCUCCUGCCUCCCGCUCCUCUCAGCCGAACAAAACCAGCAGGGGACUUGAACACCUGGGCAAAUGUCCUUGAACUCAGACUUCUCAUCUUUAAGAAAACCAUGAUGUGGAUUUCCUGCCACUCACCCUUCCGCCCUCGCGGUUCUCGCUGCUGGCUUUGGGGCCGUCCUGCUGCUGCCCCUGUGGUAGAGGCCUAGACCCCGGGGAGAGGAGCCCCGGUGAACAGUAGUGUGGGAGGUUAGCGAAGGAGGGAGACGGACAGAACCGCACAGCUGCUGGGGAGCUGGCGUCAGCAGAGAGGCAGUGACCUGCCCGAGAUCAGCCAGCUAGCGGGGUGCAGGGCCGGGUCGCUAACACUCGGACCCUUUCUGCUCUAACGGGCCUCUGCUCCAUGGCAGGUUAGUUGAGGUCCUUUGUGUGGCUCUUGGGUCACCAGGCCUGUCCUUGGACAUGCUCUCAGGAAGGAAAAAGUCGUGGAGAAACACUGGGUGGCCAACAAUGACGGAGACAGCUUUAGAGACCAAUGUAGCUAGGUAGCUAGGUAGGUAGGUAGAUAGACAGAUAGAUGAUAGAUAGGAAGAAUAUACUGUAUAUAUACACAGUACUCUACAUUUUCCAAAUCGCUGCCAUUAUUUUCCAAAAGUUUGAUAGUUUGCAAAAAUAUGAACUCAAGCCAACAUCUCUGUUCCCCUCUCCCCUCACUGAGGUGGGGCGGAGUCUCUGUGGAAGUCAGGGCUCUUCAGAAGUCCCGCAGUUUCCUUUUCUAUCAGCAUUUCAUGUGCAGAGGAGACCAAGACACCGAGCGUCAAGGUGUCGAACCUCGGGGGAAUUACUUGGGAAGAAGGUGUUGGUCUAUUUCCCUCAUGCACAGGCUCCGCCCUCCAUUCAUCACCCAGCCGUCAGUUGUCCGCUCGGCUGGGUGCCGGGAGCACAGUGGAGAAGCAGGACCCUGUGAUCCGGGCAGUCUUUGCACAGUAGAAAGCCUGAUGUGAUCUGAAGGUAACUGGUCUGGGAGUCAGGGAAGGCUUCUUGUAAGAAAGAAGAAGUCCUCUCUCUCGUCUUCAGGGUGUGACUUUCUCUGGAGGCCGCAGUGUGAGCUGAAGGAGACGCAGCGUCCUCCUGACCCCGAUUCUGGGGCAGUCCUACAGUGCUCUGGGCGAGACGAGAGGCCGGACAGCAGCUGGGUGGGUUUCCUUCUAGAAGGCCAGCGGCACUGUCUCUGUGCUUAAACAGAACACGGUCACCAGGACUUGAGCAGAGACAGAUGCCGAAUGGAGAGGGGCCUGGAUUUACUGCGGGGUUCUCAGUUCAGCCUCCCCUCCUGGGGGGUUGCCCGCAGGGAGACAGUGCCCCUGGCUCCACACGGCCUGCGCCUCUAGACCAGACAGCCUGAAGUUUCCAAAAGAACUAAAAUUAGGGGAUAAAAAGCUAAGUAAGAAAAUCUAAAGCAACCUAAACGUGUUAGCCAUGGCCAAGUGUCUACCAGGAUCCAAGAUCCUCCUCAUUUCGUAGACUUCUUACGAACCUGCUCCUCUGCUAGAAAGGGUAGGAUCAUGACCACAAUGACCUUCUUGGAAAAUCAUUAGCAGGCCAGUGGGAUGAGUGACCCGCCUGGAGGCGUGAGACUUCUCUCAUGUGGCUUCAGAUACUGCCAACUCAGAAAGGACAUGUCCCUACAGAGAGGCCCGUUCUCUCCCAGUGUCCAGGGUAAAAUUCAGGGCUAUUGUCUUUGGGGAUUUGCCCGUAGGACGAAAUCCGUAAUGGAAGUCCUGUUUGGGCCCGUGGCUGUCUGAAGCGUGAGUCACCACCAGCACGCCAAAUGGGCGGGAAAGGAGCCUCCGGAAGCCCAGAGGCAGGGCGGGGCACACGCGUCAGUUGCCAGGGGACACCUGCACGGAGGCGGCUGCCUGCCUUCUCGCCCGAGACGUCCCAGGACCCAGCCACAUCCAUGGCCCUCUCAGACCUCCUAGGGGCCCAACAGUGCAGUCCGCACUGAGACGGAUAGGGGCCCAUGUGAGACCACAGGGUCAGUGGCAACAGAUUCCAUUGUUUUGCUUCAGACUGAAGUCCCUGGCUCAGGAGCUACUAUGAGCAGGGAAAAGUGGAGAGAGUCAUCCUUAGCCAAGACUUCAUUCCCUGUUGCAUUCACUCUACAAACAGCGUGGACAGCCCGCUGUGCGCUGAGCACGUUCUUGGCCCUGGAGAUAGUCGUGGAGAAAUGAGCAAGGACCCUGCCCUCCCAGAGGGAGGACUGAACAAGUCAGUUUCCAGCAGCAGCAGGUGAAUGUAGGUCGUGAGAAGGACGCUGAGUGACUUGUGGGGUCCGGAGAGGUGUGCACUGACGAACUGAAAGGGAGAGGUGGCCUUCGAGCGUCUCUGUGAGCACAAGGGGUAGCCCAGGGAGUGCCCGGGGACAGCACAGGACGGGCGGCCCAGGACAAGAGGAAGCAGAGUGGGUGGGCGUGGCGGAGAUGGCCCCUCCGGAAAACAGCUCCUGGCUUCCUCCGGCUGCUCCCUCUGGCCGCGCUGAUUUCCCGCCGCUCCCACACCCCACAGACACGCAAGAGCAGGUCGGGGGCUCCAUCCGGGCCUUUCCCCGUCUUGGGAGCGGCCAAAGGAAGGAGUUUUUCUGAGGGCUUUUUGCAAAGGGGAGUGAACCCAGUAAUGCGAAGUCCUAUCAGUCAGUGCCCAUUGGAGGCUAAACCUAAAACCGGAUGGUGACUGGCCACCUUGAGCAAGUCAGUCAGUCUCCUCAUUGACCAACCCCUCUUUAAAGUCCAGCUUCAGUCAGGCAGCCUGGCUGGUACCAGUGAAACCCAGGUGUCCUCCUUGGCUGCCCAGUCAUAAACCAGCCGUCCUUGUUCCCUAGCCGAGGGGCUGAGGGGACAUCAUUAGGGGCAAUGUGGUCAGGUGAGAAUCACUACCCACUGUGUCCAACCACGGGGCGGGGGCUGAGGACUGCAGCUGUCCCUGCCCCCAGGGAUAGUGAGGAUAGGAAGAGAGGACAGGCCGGCGAGGACUGAGAGCAUCACACAGACAGGAGAGGUUUCUCUGAGCCCACACGCGUUCUCUGGUAAAGCUGCCCCCAGCCAGGAUCAUGCUGCUCCCCAUCCCCGGGAGAUGCCAGAUUACUAGGAGAAUAGAGUUGUUUGUGUCUGUGUUAAGGCUGCCCCUACAGACCUCACCGUAAGCUUUGGGUUUUGUUUCUUGUAGUUAUUAGAUACAUGAUGUAAUCACCCUGGGAGGGGCCCCUGGCUGCUGAAGCCCGAGGCCAGCCUGCGGGUGGGUUUCUGAGCCCGGGUGGACAGGGUCACGAGCAGCCAUCUCGUUCCCCCACAUGCCGCUCUGCUUCGGGGGCUGGGGGGCUGUCCGGCUGUCCUCCUGACGGAAAGGGCCGUCCUGCACACGGGGUUGCUUUUGGGUGGUUUUCUCUGGGACGCUCCACCCAGUGCCUAACUCUGACAUCACACAGUGAGAAGUAGUUCCCAACGCCAUUCGCCUCCAAGCCGAAGAACACAACACCCACCCACGUGAUGACAAUCCUUAGAGAAAUUCAGUGUCUCAUUUCCUUUCUUAGAAAAGGCCCACCACGUUUUCUCUCCUGAAGCCAACCCAUGGCACGACAUGAAAGCUAGGGGUCGCACGUGCCCUGUGCAGCUGCUAUCAGCGCGGCUCUGUCCCCCGGCCCCUGAGCGUCAUCAGCUCCCCGGCGCCCGGCGUGUCCGGUCGUGUUCCCUUCUAUGCUGUGUUAAUGUGUCUGCUUUCCGUUUGGCAGAGAGACAAGCGAGACACCUCCAACUUCGACAAAGAGUUCACCAGACAGCCUGUGGAACUCACGCCUACUGACAAACUCUUCAUCAUGAACUUGGACCAAAAUGAAUUUGCU